AUGCAUACUUAUCAUACUUUACCAAGAAAUUGUAAGAAAUUCUGGGGUAGAAGGUAUAAGUUAUUUAGUAGAUUUGAUGAUGGUAUUUAUAUGACAUCAGAAUUAUGGUAUUCAGUUACUCCAGAAUCAAUUGCACAAUUCAGUGCCAGUCUUAUCAAAUAUCUUUUACCAGACUGUAACAAUAUACUAGAUGUUUGUUGUGGUGGGGGUGGUAAUACAAUUCAAUUCGCAUAUUUAUUUGAUAAUGUUGGAGGUAUAGAUAUCAAAGACAUAAAUGUUCAAUGUACGGUUCAUAAUGCAGAAGUUUAUGAGGUUGCAGAUAGAAUAUGGACUCAUGUUGGUGAUUGGAAUGAAAUGAGUGCAGAGGGAGAUGAUGAAUCAGUUUCAACGUCCUGGAUUCCUGAACAUUUAAGAAAACUGGAAGAUAUCGAUACAACAUUUGAUAUGAUAUUCUGCUCACCUCCAUGGGGUGGUACAUCAUAUAAUAGAGGAUCAAAUGAAUUCGACUUAUAUCAAAUGGAACCAUUUGCCAUAGAUAAACUUCUUGAACUGAUGUUACAAUAUACUCAAAAUAUAGCAUUAUUUUUACCAAAGAGUCUGAAUUUAGAUCAAUUGCGGGAA